GGGGAGGUUUCCCGUUUCCGGCUGUCAUCCCGACAGACGCCUGCCACUACCCGUGUGUUUAUAUACUGCUUUUUUUUACUGAAUUUUCAAAUCAUUUCUACAAUAUUUGUCAACAGUGUGCCAUUAUUGUUUAUAACUAAUAAUUCAUUACAUGAAUCAAGAAAGAGAGUGCUAGGCUGUAAAAAGUGGAAAUCGCAACAUGGCUUGGCGGUUUAAGGCAUCGAAAUACAAAAAUGCUGCGCCUAUUGUACCAAAGCCAGAAUCCUGCAUCCGCGAUAUUUUCGUCGGAUCGUAUCAAACAUACGGCAAUAAUAUUGCAGCUUCCGCCGCUUUUAUGGCAUUCAAUGUCGACCACAAUGGAUCUAGUCUAGCAGUGUUGCCGUUAGAAGAUUGCGGUAGAAAAAGCAAGACGAUGCCUUUAUUGCACGCCCAUGCGGAUACAGUAACUGACAUGGACUUUUCACCGUUUCAUGACGGUUUACUUGCAACUGGUUCUCAGGAUUGUCUUGUGAAAUUGUGGCACAUUCCGGAAAGUGGACUGGAGGAAUCACUUUGCAAUCCCGAAUGUACAUUUUCCCAUCGACAACGACGAGUCGAAGUGGUUCGUUGGCAUCCCACAGCAGAACAUCUUCUAACUACCGUCUCCUACACCAAUCUCUCCCUUUGGGACGUUCUUUCUCAAAAAGAACUUUUCUCGACUACUGAGCAUUCGGACGUGAUACAAUCCGUGAGUUGGAAGCAAGACGGCACAAUGCUCGCAACAUCUUGUAAGGAUAAACAGAUAAGAAUUAUUGAUCCUCGAGCACCGAAAAAUAUCGUCAACUCAUCGCCGAGUCACCAAAGUAUAAAAGAUUCGAGAAUCGUUUGGCUGGGUAACGGCGAUCGUUUAUUAACCACCGGCUUUGAUUCGGCACGACUUCGUCAAGUUUGCAUUAGGGAUUUGAGAAAUCUCAAUGAUCCGAUCAAAACUCUGGAGCUCGAUUGCAGCACAGGAAUAUUAAUGCCUCUCUUCGAUCCGGACACGAACAUGCUUUUCCUGGCCGGCAAAGGUGAUACCACUAUUAUUUAUAUGGAAGUAACGGAAAAAGAUCCCUAUCUCGUGGAGGGAAUUCGUCACAGCGGAGAGCAAACUAAAGGUGUUUGCUUAGUGCCAAAACGAGCAUUGAACGUGAUGCAGGCAGAAGUUAACAGAUUAUUGCAGUUAACGUCGAAUAUGGUCAUUCCCAUUAUGUAUCAAGUUCCACGAAAAACUUACCGAGAUUUCCACGCGGAUAUUUAUCCAGAUACGACCGGUUGUGUUAGUAGUAACACCGCCGCUGCAUGGAUUAAGGGACAUGAUGAACAAGUUCCGAAAAUUUCUCUGGAUCCCUCCAAGAGAACAAAAGGCGAAGAGGCAAUGACGGUACACAAAGGGAAUUUAUCAUCGCUGAAAGAUAAUCAAGCGGAAAUCAAAGUGGAGAUGACUCGACAGCAAAAGUCAAUUGCCAUCACAGCGCCAAAAGGUUAUUCGAAAGUGCAAGCCAUCAUUCAAGAGAAGGAUCCAAAAAUUGAAAAGUUUGCCGAAGAAAUGGAGGAGGAGGAGGUAAAUAAAAUGGAGAAACCGGAGAAAACAGAAAAGCCAGAGAAGCCAGAAAAAUUGGAGAAAACUGAUAAGGAAGAUGAAAAGUUUAAAUUACAAAAUGGUGCUCAUCCAACGCCACCGAAACCAUUGCCUCGUGCUUCACGUGCAAAUAGUCUUUCUGAAGAGGAACCAAAACCUGUCGCACGUCCUCGAACUACUCCGAGUCCUGGUUCCGUGGUAACGUCCGUUAAUCCAAACAUUGUCGGAGGAUACAAGCCUCGCCUAGGACCGAAACCAUUCCAGGCGAAAUCUGGUAACCAGGAAUUCUCUUUCGAUAAAGUAUUUUCCGUGCCCGUGGCACCGACAAAUGAAAAUAAUGGCUAUUUAAAUGACUGCAACAUACAGACGGAGGCCAAUUCAGAGAAGACUGAUGCAGAAAAAUCGCCAACUUUAGAGAAUGAUCGAGUGAAGGAGGUUGAAAAUGGAAAAAGUGAUUCGAGUUCCAUAGAGGAGGACGCGAACUCCAGUGAUUCUGGAUAUAAGCCAAAAACACCGAGUACUGCGGAGAGACGUAAAUUGUUUGAGUCGAAAGUAAAAGAUGAAUCUCCUGAGAAUGAGGAUUCAGGGAAUUUUGAGAGAGGAAACGUGAAUAGAAAUUCAAUUGCCGAGAGAAGAAGAUUGUAUGAGAGUCGUUCGGUGUCAGUGACAGAUGGCAAUUUAGCGGAGAAGGCAAUGGGAUCGCCAACACCAUUGAGACGAAGGGAUUCCUUCAAGACGAAAAAUGAAAUUAUCAAGGAGGAGGAAGUUAAGAAGAGUGUUCCAAUUUUACGACAACAGAGCAUGGAUCCUAGGCUGGAGAAGCCUGAACCCACGCCUACUCCGAAACGAACAUCUACUGUUUUCGGCCGAGUUUCGAAAUUUAGACACUUGAAAGGAACUCCCGGUCAUAAAUCAACUCAUAUCGAAAAUAUUCGGAAUAUCAGUCGACAAAUAUCAGGAGAGUGCGAUGGAUUUCAUGCAAAUGCGGAUCGAGUGGCAGUGCCUCUAAGUGGACCAGGUGGUAAAAUAGCAGUUUUAGAAUUAAAAAAAACUGGAAGACUGCCGGAUGGUGUCAUGCCUGCAUUAGUGCACGGCGCAACUGUUAUGGAUUUUCAAUGGGAUCCAUUUAACAAUCAACGACUUGCUGUCGCUUGUGACGAUGGAAUGAUUCGACUGUGGGAGAUUCCAGCAACAGGUUUAACGGAACCAACUAACGAGCCAGCUUUUACUGUUGAGGCGCACACGGACAAGAUUUAUCUCAUUAAAUACCAUCCAUUAGCGCUGAAUGUUCUGGCUUCGGCUUCCUAUGAUAUGAGCGUGAAAAUCUGGGAUUUGGAACCCUUAACUUCCGGUGAAUUUGUCAAGGCAAAAAUUACACUCACGGGACAUACGGAUCAAAUUUUCAGUCUCGCGUGGUCUCCAUGUGGACAGUAUCUCGCCAGUACUUGUAAGGAUGGCAAAAUACGAAUAUACAAACCAAGAAGCAAUGACUCGCCGAUUCGCGAGGGCAAAGGUCCAGUGGGCACGAGGGGAGCGAGAAUUGUCUGGGCACUCGAUGGACGCUAUUUGGUUGUCAUGGGAUUUGACAAAGUUUCAGAAAGACAAAUUAUGGUUUUCAAGGCGGAUAAUCUUAACUCUUCAUUGAAUACAGUUGGUUUGGAUGUAUCGCCGGCAAUUUUGAUGCCAUUCUACGACGAGGAUAGUUCGACUUUAUUCCUCACUGGUCGGGGCGAUUCGACAAUUUACGCUUUUGAAGUGACUGAGGAAGCUCCUUAUUGUUGUCCUCUAAGUCAUCAUCGGUGUGCAACUUUACAUCAGGGACUGUCAUUCCUACCGAAAAAUAAAUGCGACGUCGCGAGUGUUGAAUUCGCUUCUGCUUUGAGGCUCACAAAUAACACCAUAGAGCCAUUGAGUUUUACAGUACCAAGAAUCAAAAGUGAACUUUUCCAAGACGAUCUUUUCCCACCGACGAAAAUCACUUGGAAAUACACAAUGACUUCCGGCGAAUGGUUUGAAGGAGGAAAUAAACAACCAACAAGAAUCAGCCUCAAACCACCGGGAAUGGAUUGUUUGACUGAAAAUCAAGGACAAGCUGUUGUCACAGCUCCUGUAGCUGCAAAGCAAAAUUUUCAUAAUUCAUCACAGCCAUUCAAUAGGUCAGGAUGGAAUCAAGAUAUCACUAGUCAUUCUAAAACAAAUGAGAUUCAAAAAACUUUGAGCAAUCUUUUGGGAGAAGUUAUUCAGUGCCCUUUGGAGCAAGAUCAAAUGGAUGGUGUGGACGAACACGAAUGGGAUGAUUGAAUGCAACAUGGAAUAUAGAGAGCAAGUCACGAAAUUCGGUGAUAGAUUAAUUUAUCCUUGAUUAAACUGAUUGACAAUUAGUAGAAAUUGCUAUUUGAAUUGUCUAAUUAUGUACUAAUUUUUUUUUAAACUUCGAAUGGUUCUGUUUUCUGGGCCGUGCCAUAAAUGUAUUUUUCUAUUUAUUCCUGCUUUUUUGCAGCAAUUAUUUUUUGUUUCAAUUUCUAUUUAAAAUCAUUUUUGUCUAAUUGUAAAUGUAUUUUUUGUUUCUUGAAUUUACAUUUGUUCCAUAGAGUAGCCAAACUAUUUUACGCCUAAUUGAAUUGUGAAACGACAGGUAAAUUAGCGUAAAAAAGAAAGUUAAGUUAAUAUUUAUAAUAUGUAGGUUACUCAAACUGUUAGUAAAUAAUAAUGUCCAAGACAAACUUUUUAUUAUUGACAAUGUUUUUGCUCAAUGAAAUUUAUAUUUAGUCAAAAAGAAACAAGUACCAUUUUUCUUUAAUACAUAUUUCUUUCGAUGGGAUUUUUUUUUCCUUUUUUUUUUGACGUAUAACGAAUGAAGUUAAAAAGAAAUCAUACGUGAUUAUAGCUCUAGUCUGGAGGUGAUUUUUUAGUAUUUUCCAUUAUGCCUAAUAUUAAAAAACCAAUAACUCAUUAAUAUAGUGUACGAAUCUUAUACAUUAGUGUAUUGGGAACUUUUUAGAUUAAAUCAAAUAUUAUUUAAAGCGAAAAAAAGGCGACUCAUCUGAAACUAUAAAAAUUUCAAGUCUUUCGAAAUCGAUUAUUCUCGACUUUCAUGUAAAAAUUCAACAGGAAUUUAAUUCAGUUAUUUUAUUAAAGUAUUGACUUUAAUAAUAACAAAACCGUAAAAAAGGAUUUGAAUAUAAUUUCUAAUUGUAAUUUUAAAAAUCAAAAUAUUUAAUUUAAAGGUAUGUGUGCAAUUGAAAAUAUUGAAAACGCAAUUUUUUAUUCUUUAUAAAAAAAAAUGUAUCCGUUUAUAAUUAUUUUGAUAAAUUAAGUUUGUCAAAAUGUUUAAUGACAAAUAUAUUUAUCAAAUUGGUAUCUUAGUUUUAUAUACUAAAAAAAAAGAAAAGAAAGAAAAAGAAAAUGUGCAUCAUUGCAAUCACAUUGAUGUAAAGUUAUAUCAAAUGUGUGAUAUUAGUAAUUGUUACUGGAUGAAAAUCUUUAUACCUUAUAAAACUACACGCACAUACUGAACUAAAAAUUUAUUACUCUAAGAAGGGAAGAUAUCGAUAAAUAAGAUAGUAAACGAGAAAUAUUAAAAAUUAUCAAUAAUUAAGAAAAUACUGAUAAUUAUUAAAUAUGCUUAACAAAAAUAGUAAUAAUAAUAAUAUUAUUAAUAAUAAUAAUAAUAAUAAUAAUAAUCAGAAACUGUACCACACAAUAUAUUUAAGAAAUAAUUAUUAUAAUAGAUAAUGAGUGGACUGUGCAUCUCAAGAGUCGCGUCUAUUUUCCACUUUUUACAUUGUUUCGAUACAAUAACAUUUUUGAAUAUGUAACCGAAUAAGAUAAAAACAUUUUUGCUACGAAGUAUUUUAUUAUGAGAAAGAAAUUUUCAUUUCCAUUUUGGUAGUUGACGGGUUUUCCGUAAUAAAUAAACAAGUGCCAAAAAUUUCAUGGUACUCAGGUCUUGAAAAAGUAUUUCAUUUUAUAAUAAUAUUUCUAAAAUACUAUAAAUUGAAAACUUAACUGAAAACUUAAUUGAAAAAUUAAUAAUUAAAAACUAAAUUGAAAAAUUAUGUGAAAAAUUAUUUGAAAAAUUGACAA